AUGUUUCCAUUGUUCGUCGUCAUGUACGGCAUUUUCAAUGCUUUGGGGGAGAUGGGCCCCGGUGUCUCAACUUUCCUCUGUGCGGCAGAAUCAUUACCCACCCCCCUCCGUGGUCAUUUCCUUGGCCUAGCUGCAGCAAAUUCGUUCUCUUCGACCGAAAAAGGUCAACAGGCCGUCUUCCUGAUCGGUUCAGCCUUCACUAUCGUCGGUGUGCUGAUAGCGUGGUUCCUGAUUCCCGACAUGUCGCGUGAGCUGGAAACCGAAGAUGCAAAGUUCAAGGCAUAUCUGGAAGAAAUUGGGUACGAUAUCAGUUCAUAUGGAGAAGCGCUCUGCGUGGAGCGAAAAGGAAGUAUAUAG